GUGAAAAAUGAAAGAAGCGAUCUGAUUGGUUGCUGUGAGCAACCGGUCAAUGUUUCCACUGCACAGGUUUUGAUGAAUCUCCCCCUAUGUCUAGGUAGGGCGCUGGCUGUAUUUCGUGACAUAUUAUACAUUCAGCAGUUCAGUGUGAAAAAAUCCCAAAUUCCGUGAAAAAUUUUACAUGUUUGCAUUUUUUCUGAAUUCAAGAUUAAUAAGAUUGAAUAAUUUAUCAUAACUUGUUAAAGAAAUGCCUUGAAAGUUUGAAAAUUGCUUAUUUAACCCCCUAACAUCCUAAGAAAGUAAAAGGACAUUUAGCAAAUGGUUGUAACAUAAAGUAGACGCAUUGUAGAUGUUAGAGAAAAGUCUCCAGAACAGCAAAGCUCUGCAAGACACAGCCAUCAGCUGCAAGUGAAAGCUGGCGCUGACCCUUUAAGACACACAGUCAUGUGACUCUGGGGGCAAAGGGCACAUCUGCCUCGCAUGAAGAACUUUGCAGGAUUUCUCGUUACCCGUAGAACUUUAUUUUGGUAUUUUUAGUACAAACUGAAUCUCUGCACAAAACAGGAGGCUUCUGAUCAGGCGAAGGUAUGAAGUACACUAGCACACAAGGAGGAGUGUCGGGUGUGGAUUUCGAAGGAGUGCUGUUUGCCGGUUUCGCACCAGAUGGAGGCCUGUUUAUGCCAGAACACAUUCCAAAAUUAAACAAGGAAACACUGACAACAUGGAGAACUUUCUCCUACAAAGAAUUAGUGAAGGAAGUUUGUUCCCUCUUUAUCCCCUCUGAUGCUAUACCCAGAAUUGAGCUAAAUGGUCUGAUAGACAAAGCUUUAACUCGCUUCAGACACAAGGAUAUUGUUCCAUUGUCCAGGCUGAGGAGUGGCCUCAAUGUCUUAGAGAUGUGGCAUGGAGCCACCCACGCUUUUAAGGAUCUCGCAAUGUCUUGUGUUGGACAGUUCUUAGAUUACUUUUUAAAGAAGAACAAUAAACAUGUGAAUAUCUUGGUUGCAACAUCCGGAGACACAGGAAGCUCUGCUAUCGAGAGUGUGCGUGGAGUUCCUAAUAUUGAUAUCAUUGUUCUGUUGCCACAUGGGCGGUGUACGGAAAUCCAAGAGCGACAGAUGACGACAGUCAUUGAGGACAAUGUCCAUGUGUUUGCCGUUGAUGGAACAUCAGAUGAGCUGGAUGAACCCAUCAAAAAGCUCUUCAGGGACACAGCAUUUGUAAAGAAGCAUAACCUUAUUAGUACAAACUCGGUGAACUGGGCCAGAGUGAUGGUGCAGAUCGCCCACUUCUUCUAUGGCUAUUUCCAAUGUAUUCCAGAAAAGGCCAGUGAUAUGCUGCCUCCAGUAGAACUAGUGGUACCAACUGGUGGAGCUGGGAACAUUACAGCCGGGUGUAUCGCUCAGAAGAUGGGCCUUCCAAUUCAACUGGUGGCUGUAGUGAAUAGCAAUGAUAUCAUUUGCCGAUCUGUACAGCAUGGUGACUUCUCUCUGGGGGACAUGGAGAGGACAUUGGCCUCUGCAAUGGAUAUUCAGGAGCCGUACAACAUGGAGCGGAUAUUGUGGCUGGCUGCAGAUUCUGACAGUGCCAAAAUCAAAGAAAUGAUGACAGAAUUUACAGAGAGGAAAAGGCUGAAGAUACCCCAAGAGCUGCACCUACGGCUCCAGGAAAUGAUGAAAUCCUGCUCAGUCCCAGAUGACGGCAUCCUACAGACCAUCAGACGCUGCUGGGAGGAGAACCAGUGUCUGCUGUGCCCUCACUCUGCCGUUGCCGUCUUUUACCAUUAUCAACAAUUCGACAGCAACCGAAUCUUGCCCAGAUGCUGUUUGGCACCAGCGUCAGCAGCUAAAUUCCAGGACGUCAUUCUCCGAGCUGGUCUUGUACCAGAGAUACCAGAAGAGAUAAAGGCCUUGAUGAAGAAGGAAACUCGGUCCACAUUCCUCAAAAGGCAAGAUGACUGGGAGAAAAUAUUACGGGAGAAAAUUGAGGCGAUUUACCAGAAGAGAAUAUGAAAGCUAAAGACAUUCAGGAAUAUUCACCUGUAAAAUGAUAGGAUGGAUUAGAAUUAUUGUAGUCUUGACUGAUUUUAUUAACUUAGGGGGAAAUUUAUCAAAACCGGUUCAGAGGAAAAGUUGCUGAGUUGCUCAUAGCAACCAAUCAGAUCCAGUCUUUCAUUUUUGAAAAGUCCUCGGAAAAAAGAAAGAAGCAAUCUGAUUGGUUGCUAUGGGCAACUCAGCAACUUUUCCUCUUAACAGGUUUUGAUAAAUCUCCCCCCAAAUGUCUACACAAGUCUUUAAGUUGUCUUCUACUGUGUCAUUACACAGAAAAGCUUUUGACACAUAACAGAGACAUACCAAAAGUUUUAAUCGAGUGAUGAGACCCCCAUCUACCAGUAGAACAAGCAGGGAGAGGCACACACUUAAAGGAGCACUCUGGGAGAGAAAAACUUAUCCCCUAUCCUAAGAGGAUAAGUGUCCGAUCCUAUAGGCCCAAAGCCUGAAGAGACACCUUCUGGUGAUAUCAUCCAGUACAUCAGUGUGUAUACACAAUGUAUACACAACCUGGUGAUGUAGUGGACUCAUAUGUACUAAUAUAAACUGUAGUGGAUUGAUAUGUACUAACAUAUAUAUAUACAUACUUAUUAAAAUGUCUUUUUUCCCAAAUUUCAUUGUAUAUCCUUGCUGCUCUGACCUGCUCCCUCCUCCUCCACCUGUUUGCACCCUCCUUCCAUCGAGCAUCAAAGAUUGCAUCCUGGAUUGGAAUGUGGCGAAGAUAAGAAAUACAUAGAAGGAGUUUUAACCAAUUAGCUGCUUUUCACACCCAAUUCACCUCACUUCCUGCACACAGCAUUGUGUAACCGUUACCGUAUAACACCCCCCCCCCCCCUGUAGUCUCUUGCUCAGUAAUAAAAGAAAGUAUCA